AGGGGUUUUCCCAGCCAUUUGACAUGCUUCACCUCCGCCAUUUUGUAAAACGAGUGAGGUUUGAUUUGUCGUGUGAAAUUGUAUGAAUUCCGGCCGAGAAAAUACGCCAAAUUCAUACAUCUAAAAUCAGCAGAAAUAGUAUCAGUGCGUUGGAGAAAAGUUGCAUUUUGUCAUCAGCAUGGAGGAUAAAUCAACGCUGAAGGAUUUAGACCAAUGGAUUGAGCAACUGAACGAGUGCAAACAAUUAACAGAGACACAAGUGAAAACUCUAUGUGAUAAGGCGAAAGAGAUUUUGUCAAAAGAAUCAAAUGUUCAAGAGGUGAAAUGUCCUGUCACAGUUUGCGGGGAUGUUCAUGGUCAGUUUCAUGACCUGAUGGAGCUGUUUCGGAUAGGAGGACGAUCUCCAGAUACUAAUUAUUUAUUUAUGGGAGAUUAUGUGGAUCGUGGCUACUAUUCAGUUGAAACAGUAACUUUGCUGGUGGCACUCAAGGUGCGGUAUCGAGAGAGAAUAACUAUUCUCCGUGGCAAUCACGAAUCACGUCAAAUCACUCAAGUCUACGGAUUCUAUGACGAAUGUCUUCGUAAAUAUGGCAAUGCAAAUGUGUGGAAAUUUUUUACGGAUCUUUUUGAUUAUCUGCCGCUGACGGCAUUGGUUGAUGGUCAGAUCUUUUGUCUGCACGGUGGUCUUAGCCCGUCAAUUGACAGUUUAGAUCAUAUUCGAGCCUUAGACAGACUACAGGAAGUGCCACAUGAGGGUCCAAUGUGUGAUCUGUUGUGGUCCGAUCCUGAUGACCGAGGUGGCUGGGGCAUUUCACCACGUGGAGCUGGCUACACAUUUGGCCAGGAUAUUUCGGAGACGUUCAAUCAUACAAAUGGCUUGACAUUAGUUUCAAGAGCUCACCAGCUCGUUAUGGAGGGCUACAAUUGGUGUCAUGAUCGAAAUGUUGUGACAAUCUUCUCAGCCCCUAACUACUGUUAUCGCUGCGGAAACCAAGCAGCACUGAUGGAAUUAGAUGACUCACUCAAAUUUUCAUUCCUUCAAUUUGAUCCUGCGCCUCGUCGUGGAGAGCCACAUGUUACACGAAGAACACCAGACUAUUUCCUCUAAAUGAUGAGUGUUUAAAAACAAGAGAAGAAGAAAGAAAAAAAUCAGAGACAAAAAUGAUCUAUUUUGAAAUGGAAAACAAAACAAAUUCAUUGUAUAUUAAAUUAAAAAAAAAAAAGAAAAAAAUAGAACUUCACGCAUCCCGAUUGACAGAAAAUGUCUUUUAUAUUCUUAUCAAAUCAAACAUUUCACCCUCAUCUGCAAUCUAAAAUAAAAAAAAAUCAUUCACUUGUGAAUUUUCAUAAUUGACAGAGAAAUGAAAGAGAGAGAAAUGAGAAAAUAAAAAGGAAUAACAAAAUUUGUGCACAAAUUACACAAAAGAAAAACAAAAAAAUCUAGCAUUAUUUCGAAAAGCAUUGAUGAGAAAAUGUUUGAGGCAUUAUUCACCCUUUUUAAUUUAAAUAGGUAAACAAAAAAAAAUAUUGCUAAUUCUUGUAUUUAAAAAAAGAAGAAAAAAAAUAAAGGCUAAAGUUUGGAUCGAUUUAGGCGAGAAAAAAAAGAAACCCUCAAAAGAUUUUCCGACAAAAGGAGUCAUAGUAAAAAAAAAUCCUCUAAAAAAAUUUAAGGAAUGAGAAUGAAAAAAUAAUAAUUUAUUCAGACCCAAAUUGUAUCUCUGACGACUGCUUUUUCUAUAUACAAUACAUAAUUAAAUAAUAAAUAAAAAUAAAUGAUAAAAUAAAGUGAAAAAAAUAGUUAAACCUGUAAUAACGAUUGAAUAUGACCAUAAAGAAAUAUUUGAGAACGAAUGUAGAGUGAAAAAGAUGUUCAGGUUACUUAACGGCAAACCAGAAUAAAAAAAUAAAGGAAAUAACAAGAAAAAAAA